UACUCUUGUCUAUCCAUAGAUGGUUGCCGUUAUACUUUACGAGUUUACAGUUGAAAAAUCUUAAGUCACCCUUUUCUUGUUUGAGAUGAUGAGGCUACACAAUUUUCGUCCUAAAAUUGGAAUAUUCUCUCCUUGAUGAGCAGACGAAUGGUUUGAUGUGAUUAUAAACUUCAGUUGUAAUUAAUAUAGGAAGCGAUGAGCAUAAAGUUGAAAUUAUGGUCCCCUAUGUUUUGAUUGAGGGGAAUAUAACCCAGCCAGAUCGUUCAAUGUUCGGGCAUAUAUCAAAAUGACAGUUGUCUUCCAAUAGCAAAUUAUUGUCUUUGGUCUCAAUCAACUAGAAGAUCAGUCAGUCCAUGGAAGUCCUACCGAACCCUACCUGCAAGCUUUGAGAAAUUUGGAGCCUGUACGGUGAACGUAAUCUGUGUUAAGGAGCUGAUUCUCUUCAGGUUUUCAAGUAUGAAGUUGCUGCCAUUUUAUCACCUGUCCUGACAAGAAUGAGGUUUCAGAGACAACCCAGAAAAGCUUUCUAUUGCUACAAAAUGUAGCUCAUGCUUCCCACAACUGUAGAUAAAUGGUCCAGAAGAUGUCGUGGCUGAAUACUACCAACAACAGGUAGAAAUGUUGGAGGGUUUCAAUGAAAUGGAUGAAUUAACAGAACGUGGUUUUCUUCCUGGAAUGUCAAAGGAAGAGCGAGAAAACAUGGCUAGAAGUGAGACAAUGGCCAUCAGAAUUUCAAAUGUUGCCAACAUGGUUCUUUUUGCUGCCAAAGUUUAUGCAUCCAUUAGAAGUGGCUCUUUGGCAAUCAUAGCUUCGACAUUGGACUCACUUCUUGAUCUUUUAUCUGGUUUUAUCCUGUGGUUCACUGCAUUCUCAAUGCAGACACCAAACCCGUACCAGUACCCUAUUGGAAAGAAACGGAUGCAGCCAUUGGGAAUCCUUGUAUUUGCAUCUGUUAUGGCUACACUUGGUUUGCAGAUAAUCUUGGAGUCGAUUCGGACACUGAUAUCUGAUGAGAAUGGAUUUAGUUUGACCAAGGAGCAAGAGCGAUGGGUGAUUGGCAUCAUGCUCUCAGUAACGCUGGUUAAGCUUCUUCUAGUUCUUUACUGCCGGUCUUUCACCAAUGAGAUUGUCAAAGCUUAUGCCCAGGAUCACUUUUUUGAUGUCAUCACCAACAUCAUUGGCCUCAUUGCUGUUCUCCUUGCCAAUUAUGUCAAUGAUUGGAUGGAUCCUGUUGGAGCCAUAACUCUUGCCAUAUAUACUAUCCGUACGUGGUCAAUGACGGUGUUGGAAAAUGUGAAUUCCCUAGUAGGCAGGUCAGCCGCACCAGAGUUCCUGCAGAAGUUGACAUAUCUUUGCUGGAACCACCACAAGGCCGUAAGGCACAUUGACACAGUGCGCGCCUACACCUUUGGGUCACAUUACUUUGUCGAGGUUGACAUUGUUUUGCCAUCUGAAAUGCCAUUGCGUGAGGCCCAUGACAUCGGCGAGUCCUUGCAGGAGAAGCUUGAGCACCUGCCUGAGAUUGAGCGUGCCUUUGUGCACCUUGAUUACGAGUUUACUCACAAGCCUGAGCAUGCUCAAGCUCACUCAUAGCUCGAAGGGUAGAGGUAUAUGUUUUGGGUGUUAAUAUGAUCAUGUCCUCAUACUCACGGCAAACCGGAGAUAGACUUUAAUAUCUGUACGCUUUGGCAUGAGAAGUGGCCAAAAAUUGUAUGCAUGCGGUUAUGGAAGGUCAUCUAGUUAUCUUUGUUAAUAUCAUGAUUCUAAGCUACGAAUUAAGAAGGUAACUCUUCCGAUGUU